UGUAAUGAUUUGGAAACUUUUGGAUGCAAGGAGAGGUAAAUGUGAACCGUUGCUGAGGAAUUUCUUGUGUGUGAAUUGAUGAAUUUGUGUCACAACCACACCGGAUGUGAAUGGCUUAUUAGUUGUUUGUUGGGGUCGCCUUUCACACCAGAUGUCAAAGGCAUCUUCUAGGAAAGGAGAUAAUUUGAAAUGCUUAGAGAUUGAUGCAAAUACUCAAUUAUAUGAUGUCUUGGCUUAGCUCUUUAUGUUUUUGUUAAUGUCAAGUAAUUCUCAUCACUAUAAGUUAAUGGCUGUUGCUUCUUCUUCCUCUUCUUCUCAAGAAAAGUAUGAUGUUUUUCUUAGUUUCAGAGGUGAGGAUACCGGCAAUAAUUUUACUAGCCAUCUAUAUGCCGCAUUGUGUCAAAAAAUGAUCAAUACAUUCAUUGAUGACGAGCUUAAAAGAGGGGAUCAAAUUUCUCCAUCUCUUUUUAAUGCAAUUGAACGGUCAAAGAUUUCCUUGAUCAUUUUCUCAAAAGAGUAUUCUUCUUUGUUAUGGUGCCUUGAAGAACUUGUAAAGAUCCUUGAAUGCAAGAACAGUUAUGGUCAGAUUGUAAUUCCUGUUUUCUAUGGUGUGUACCCGUCAGAUGUAGGGAAUCAGAUUGGGACUUUUAGGGAUGCAUUUACUAAGCUUGAAAAACGUUUCAAGAGUUCGGAAGAAACAUUGCAGAGAUGGAGGACUGCUUUGAGAGAAGCUGCCAAUCUAUCUGGCUUUGAUUCAAAUGUCAUCAGGCUUGCGGGUCCUAAAAGAAGUGAGUAUCACUUGAGUGAAACUUGGAGGUUGAAAUCUUCUUAUAUAAAAGGAAAUUCAAGGCUUUGCACUCCAUCAUUUAUGGGGUUUCUUGUUUGCCUGAUCUAGAAGAUAUGCGAAAUCUUGGAACUCUCUAUGGUAUUCUGUAUAGUUGUUGUGGUUUCCUGCAUAAUAGUUCAAUGGUUUCAAGGUAGAGUUUACUUUUUGUUGCCUUAUGAAGCUAGCUUUCUGCAAUUUAUAUUGGUCAUUAUAUUUGGUUUUGUCUUGUUUUGCAUUACUAUAUAUUUGGGUGAAUCCAUGCCAGGCCCUCUAGGUUUUGCAAUUUGAAGUGCUAUUAUUACUUAAUAUCAAGCAUUCAUCUGGUGAAGGCAUGGUCUUUUUUUUCUUCUUUCAAAUAAAAAACUCAUUGCCUCAAAGUGCGAGGGAAAUUUGAUAAUUUCUCCUCUGACAAGGAUAAAAGGCCAAAUUGAGGCAGCAGCCCAUCCCAUGCAUAUUGUGUUACAUCAGGUCGCACAAUUCUUUUUAUGAAUUAUUCUUUCAAUUCCUGAAUUGUGUAAUUUCCUCUUUCUGAUGCUAGUCAGUUUGCAACCAAGUAAUGAAAGAAGUUCAAGCUGACCAACAAUGGAAGACAAUACCACCUGCUUUGUUCAGAAUCGCAAAAUUGACAGUGAUUGUUUCAGUCUUGCUUGGUCUCUGGUGCACACACUAACGAUAACCUUU